AUAAACUCUAUGGAACCCAUGGGAAUUCAGAACUUGAUCACAAGGGACAUCAAGUUGGAAAAUUAUUCGGAAUUCAAGAAUCAUACCUACAGCCUUAAAUACAUGGAAGUCGCAAGUAUAGAUAUUAAGGAUGAAAACAUGGCAGAUCCAGAAUGCUCAUCUAAGACAGUUGUUGAACAGGAAGUAUAUAAAGAGUACGCAUCGAAACUUCAGGAAUCUGCAAAAGUAGUGAAAGGAAAAUACAAAUGCGAUAAAUGUGAAAAAACAUAUGUAUGUAAACGUACUUUAAUGCAACAUCAGCGUAUUGUACACAGCACAUUCCCCCCUUCUAAAUCGUUCGAAUGCGAAUUCGGAGAUUAUGUAUCUAAUUUUAAAAGCGACCUGCUUCGUCAUAUAAAUUGUAAACAUUUAAGACAAAAAACAUUUAUUUGCGACGAAUGUGGAAAGUCUUACGGCCGGAAAGAUUCACUUACUUAUCAUAAAAAGUACGCGUGUAAGCAGGAGCCGCAUGGCCUUCGUAGUAAUAUGACAAAAAAUCGUCCUAAAAUUUUAAAACCGAAAUAUAUUUUCGACGAAUGUGGAACCACGUACACUAACAAAAGUAAUUUGCAGCAGCAUAACGAGGUCGCAUGUGAUAAGAAAGAUCCAAGAUUUGUUUGCAAUCAUUGUGAUUAUAAAUCGAUGUCCAAAUCGAAUUUCACGCGGCAUAUCAUGAGGCGUCAUAUUUCGUAAUUAUUUAGUAUUAUAUAUUUAUUAUUUUUAGGAUUUUUUUUCAUUACAGAUACAUGAGAAACCAUAUUUUUUCCACCGUUUACAGACAUCGGAAGUAGUCGAUUUCGCAUUGUGAGCGAAGGCCAUGAACAAAAUCCCCAACAUCGGUGAGCAAAAUACUUUCACCGAUGAGCAAAAUGCUCUCCUUGUUGGGUCAAUGCGGUUAUAUUCGAUGUUUGCAAAUGGUAGAAAAUUUCAGGUUUCGAACUGUAAUUUAUUCAGAAAAAUAUUAUUCGAUACAAGAGCUCUCACGAGCGGGUGGUCACUGCGAGUGUGAAGACCCAACACAAACUCGAAAGCGAGGCGAAAAAAAGCCGUGGGAUAGUGUUGUGCCUUCACACUCGCAGUGAGCAAACCGCCCUUUUGGCCUCUCUUAUAUAAAUAUACUAGUUUCCAUUCCGCUGUCCAGUAGUCAAGGUAGAAGUAUUAUUUUUUAUUGUUCAAUUAAGACAUUGAAAGCUUGUGACUAUUUCACGCUUCAAUAAACUCCUAAGCAAUUAAGCGUUGUUGAAAUAUACAAAACACAAUUU